CAAUACAUAACCAUGAAUACAUUCGAAGUUGAUUUGUGUCAACUAUGUGUUCAUAAAAUAAAAUGCUUGAAUAUCUUCUUUUACUGUCGCACUUGCUCGCGGCGGAAUCUUGUGGAGAUUAUUACUGGAGAGAUUUCAGCGGGAGAAUCCCAUCUGAUGCUAUUCCUGCGGGAAACAAUGCUAAUGGAUUAUCUUACAUCGGACAAGCAUAUUUGCACCUAUAUGGAGUAGGAGUGGGGACCAUAAUUCCAAAUACCUCGGAAAUCUUAGUUCCAUGUUACGGUCAUGUUCAUGCCAUCAACACUUUUAUCAAAAUAUUAUGCUCUUCAAUUCCUUCAAUGUUUCAUUGGAUACACACUAGCGUAAGUACAUUCAAGAUGAAUGUUAAGGAUCAAUGUCCAGUAUUAGGGGGCCUUGACCGCAAGACUUGGGACAUUACAGGUACCAAGGGCAAAUUGAACAUCGGAAGAAUUUAUCGUAAAGGAGAAGUAAUAGUUGGUCCAGUUGCCUCUUACGACAAUGAUGUGUGGUUGUAUUAUCCUUCGAAUGGAAUUGAAGCUCGAGAAUCACAUUACGAAGUUCUCGUAUACCGUGGUCAACCUACAGUUGAAAAUGAUACCGUAGUCAAAGAAGUUUCGUAUAUCACAUAAAAACAAAAUGAUUGAAUUUUGUUUUAUCUGUUUUCUUCAUUGAAAUUAUAAUUCAUCAAAAUUGUAAGUGAGAUAAUCUGUAGCACUUUUGACGGAAAUUGAAGGAGUUCGAAACAUAAUUUGUCAAACCAAUCAAAACACAGAUAAAAUUAAAUUCCUGAAAGAAGAAAAAAAAUAA